CAAACACGCAACACGCAUGCGCGCCUUCUCUUGCUGAACCGUUUCUCGUGCGACGCCGCGGCGCGCCGCGAGUGAGAAAGGGGUUAGGAGUCAGAGUGCGCUGGAGAGCAGGAAACCAAUGAUACCCAUAUGUCCUGUGGUCUCUUUCACCUACGUGCCCAGCCGGCUAGGUGAAGAUGCCAAAAUGGCUACCGGCAACUACUUUGGGUUUACGCACGGCGCUGCUGCGCAGUAUAGUCAGCAGCCGGCGGCCGGCGUGGCGUACACCCACCCCACCACGGUGGCCAGCUACACCGUACGGCAGGCGCCUGUCGCAGCGCCCACAGUAGCCGCAGCCUACGCCCCCGCCGUUGCCACCGUGGCGGUCGCUCGCCCGGCGCCGCUGUCCGCGGCUGCGUACGCAGGCUACCAGCCCGCCCACGCCGCCGCCGACUUCAGCUACGCCCAGAGGCAGCCGGAAGUCCCGCCUCCUCCUCCGCCUGUGACCACGCAGAACUACCAGGACUCGUACUCGUAUGCAAGAUCCACUGCUGCAGCCGUGGCCUACGACAGUAAGCAGUACUACCAGCAGCCUGCAGCUGCACCAGCCGUCCCGCAGUCCCAGCCUACAGUGGCCGAAUCCUACUACCAGACAGUCCCUAAGACAGGCUACAGCCAGGCUGCCACGCAGUACACUCAGGCACAGCAGGCCCGCCAGGUGACCGCCAUAAAGCCGGCUGCUCCCAACCCCGCCGCGUCCACCUUCCCAGUUUACCCAGUGUCCUCUGCGGUGCAGCCGGUGGCUGCCGCCGCCGCCUCUGUGGUCCCCUCCUACUCCCAGAGCGCCACCUACAGCACCAACGCAGUCACGUACUCUGGGUCGUCGUACUCUGGCUACGAAGCUGCCAUCUACUCCGCCGCCUCGUCGUACUAUCAACAGCAGCAGCAGCAACAGCAGCAGCAACAACAGCAGCAGCAGCAGCAGCAGCAGCAGCAGCAGAAGCCGGUCAUCGCACCUGCAGCCGCCACCCCCACCUGGGUCAGCAGCACCUUCACCAAGAAAAGCCCCAUUCAGAACAAGCAGAUGAAGGCGAAGCCGUCGCCCAAGCCGCCCCAGAUCCACUACUGCGAAGUGUGCAAGAUCAGCUGUGCCGGCCCUCAGACCUACAAGGAGCACCUGGAAGGGCAGAAGCACAAGAAGAAGGAGGCGGCCCUGAAGGCGGGCCAGGGUGGGGGCAGCGGUGGGGCGGGGCCAGCACGUGGGGCACCCAAUCAGCUGCGCUGCGAGCUCUGUGACGUGUCCUGCACGGGGGCCGACGCCUACUCUGCCCACAUCCGCGGGGCCAAGCACCAGAAGGUGGUGAAGCUGCACACCAAACUGGGGAAGCCCAUCCCCCCCACGGAGCCCAGCGUGGUCACCCAGAGCUCCUCUGUCACCGUCACUGCAUCCAGCAGGUCGCCCGGCUCCGCUGUCAGCAGCGUGACCGCAGUGGGCGGCUCCGCCACCUCCUCAUCCGCCAUCGGCUCCUCCAUGCCGCCCUCCUCGUACCUAAAACCCGUCAGCAUCGUUGGCAGUGCCCUGUCCGGUGCUGGGCUGCUUACCGGAGCCAGCAAGGCUGCAGUCGGUGUCCCAGUCACUGCUGCGACUGUCACGAAGGUCAACGCUCCUAAGAUCAACUUCAUCGGCGGCUGCAAACCGGCGGCCGCCGGCAUGAAGACGGACGAGAUGAAGGCCGAGGCGUCAAAGCAGCAGAUGCAGCUACCGCCGGCUGCCUCGGCGCAACCGAUGCCGGCCCUGGUGGGCGCCCCAGCGCAGACGGUGAAGCCUGAUGCCCCCGAGCUUCCGGGGCUGUGCGCGCUGCAGAACGACGUGCAGCCAGUCGGCCAUGACUACGUAGAGGAGGUUCGAAACGACGAAGGCAAAGUGAUCCGCUUUCACUGCAAGCUCUGCGAAUGCAGCUUCAACGACCCGAACGCUAAAGACAUGCAUCUGAAGGGGCGGAGACACCGGCUGCAGUACAAGAAAAAGGUGAACCCUGACCUCCAGGUGGAGGUGAAGCCCAGCAUCAGAGCUCGGAAGAUCCAGGAGGAGAAGAUGAGGAAGCAGAUGCAGAAGGAGGAGUACUGGCGACGGAGGGAGGAGGAGGAGAGGUGGAGGAUGGAGAUGAGGCGUUAUGAGGAGGACAUGUACUGGCGCCAUGUGGAGGAGGAGCAGCAUCACUGGGAGGAGUGUCGCCGGAUGCCCGACGGGGGGGGUUACCCGCAGGGCCCGCCUGGGCCCCCUGGCUUGCUGGGGGUCCGGCCCGGGCUGCUGGCCCCUCAGCCGCAGGGCUCCAUGCCCAUACGUCGCCCCGAUUCCCUGGACGACCGAUACGUCAUGACCAAACAUGCCAACAUCUACCCCAUGGAGGACGAACUUCAGGCUAUCCAGAAGAUCGUGUCCAUCACGGAACGAGCCUUAAAACUGGUGUCGGACAUCAUCGGCGACCAGGAGAAAGGCGAGGAUGAGGACAAGGAGCAGAAAGACCUCCAGGGGAACAGAACUCUGAAGGGGGUGAUGAGGGUGGGGGUGCUGGCCAAAGGCCUCCUGCUUCGAGGAGAUAAGAAUGUGGACCUGGUGCUCCUCUGCUCUGAGAAACCGUGCAGGAACCUCCUCUCACGCAUCAUGGAGCACCUCCCCAAGCAGCUUGCGGUUGUUACACCAGAAAAAUACGAGGUGAAGGGCUCUACGCACGAGGGGGCCUUCAUCCUGAUGUCCGGCGAAGAGCCCAAGAUGCAGGUCACCAUCACACUGACGUCCCCCGUCAUCCGAGAGGAGAACAUGCCGCAAGGAGAUGUAACCUCUGGUUUGGGGAAAGACCCAGCGGACCUCUUGGACAGGCAGAAAUGCCUUGACGCUUUGGCUGCUCUGCGCCACGCAAAGUGGUUCCAGGCCAGAGCUAAUGCCCUCCAGUCCUGCGUGAUCAUCAUCCGCAUUCUGCGUGACCUCUGCCAGCGGGUGCCCACCUGGUCAGCCUUUCCCAGCUGGGCCAUGGAGCUGCUUGUGGAGAAGGCCAUCAGCAGUGCCCCUGGACCACUGAGCCCUGGAGAUGCACUGAGGAGAGUGUUUGAGUGCAUCGCUUCUGGGAUACUGUUACCAGGUGGCCCGGGACUCCUGGAUCCGUGCGAGAGGAACCCCACAGACACCCUGAGCCCAAUGUCCAAGCAGCAGAGGGAAGACGUGACGUCCAGCGCUCAGUUCGCCCUGAGGUUGUUGGCUUUCCGGCAGAUCCACAAGAUCCUGGGCGUGGACCCCCUCCCCCAGAUGAACCCCCGCUUCAAUGUCCACAACAACCGCAAGCGGAGGCGGGACAACAGCGACGCCGUGGACAGCUCCGAGAGAGAAGGGAAGAAGGAGAAGAAGGACUCUGAGCCAUACUGAGAUGCGGACGUGCCCCCCCCCCCCCCCACGCUAACCGUCACACCGUCUGCUUAAACCUUGUUUAGUCCUGAGUUUUUCCAGUCAGUCUCUUAGUAACUGCUGACCAGUGUCAGGAUUCUGCUCUGGGUUAAUUUUCUCCUCCACAUUUUGCUUUCUGACUUCUCACCCUUAGAGGGAACAGUUUUGAUCAUAAAGCUUAAAGAAAUUAAUGUGAUAAGUCUCCCAAGCUGUCCAGCAGUCUUGGUGCUUUUCUGUGUGUUCUUUAGGGAAGAAGCUCCCCCCCCCCAACCCUCCC